AUGGAUAAGGACGGCAACCUUGCGGCAGCGACCUCCACGGGCGGCAUGACCAACAAACGCUUCGGGCGAAUCGGUGACGUGCCGGUGAUCGGCGCGGGCACCUACGCCAACAAUGCCACGGUCGCCGUUUCAUGUACCGGUCGUGGGGAAGAGUUCAUUCGCCACAACGUCGCCCAUUCGGUGUCGGCGAUGAUGGAGCACAAGGGCUCGAGCCUCCAGGAAGCCGCAGACGCGGUGAUCCACGGCAAGCUGGCGAAAGACGACGGAGGUCUGAUUGCUGUCGGCGCUGACGGCUCCAUUGCCUUGGUCUUCAAUUCGUCGGGCAUGUUCCGCGGCGCCGCCGAUUCUUCGGGGCGGUUUGAAGUCGCUAUCUGGGAAUAG